UUCUCGCUAUAAUUCAUCGCGAGCGAAAUGCAUAAAGUGCAGCUUUUGUGGAAUGUUCUUCUCACCAAAUAAAUUUAUAUUUCAUUCUCACCGCAUUACCACAAGUGACCGCUAUAUUCAGCCAGAUGCUGCUAAUUUUAAUUCGUGGCGACGGCACAUGACUCUAUGCGGCAAUACACAUGAUGAGAAAAUCAUACAUGCUUGGGAGGAUGUGAAGGCAAUGUUUAAUGGCGGAACGAGAAAACGACUUGUCGGACCGAAUCCAAGUAACAGCAGCAAUAAUAAUAAUAAUAAUAACUAUAAUGAUAACAAAAAUAAUAACAAUAAGAAUAAUAUUGAUAUUACUAAUAAUAAAAGUGCUAAUAAUAACAGAAAUCAGAGUUCGCUGGAGGCAAAUGCAAGUGCUGUAGAUGAGAGUGCAUGCCAUUCUCUGCUCGGCGGGAGUGAUAGACAGAUCACAAUCUGCGAGGAAACGACUUGUUCAAAGCGGACGUCUAUUGAUCAUCAAUAUAAUUACAGCACUGUAGCGGCCGCUGCAGUUGUUGGGGUUACGGCAGUUACUACCGUUCCUUUUAACCUACAUCACUCCUCACUUCAGUCUCUCCGUAACGAGCAUGAUUUGUCCAUAUUGCCAUUAUCGAGGAACUUUGUCGUAGACUAUAUGUGGCACCAGCAAAACAAUCAUAAUAUCCCGAAGAAGUUAAUUGCAGGCAGCGAUUCUUUCACUGGACUUGAGUCCUGUCCUUGGAUCAGACCAGAGCUUAGCGUCGCUUCACCAGCAACUGUCGCCUGUAAUACACAUCAACAUCAACAUGGCCACCAUCAAUUAAAAACGCAAGUCCAGAUAAAUUUAAAGCAUGAAACCAGCCCAACUGCAGCAUUCGGAGUUAUGAAAAACCGAAAGCUUCAUUUACCUGAUACUACAGAUAGCAGAGAAAUUUCUGAGUUUAAUAUUCCAUCGUUAUUAAGUUCGUCGGCCUUCAAGCCUGUUGUUGGAUCCGCAGCUGUUGUAUCAACGUCCUUAUAUACAGCACGUGACAGCAAUUCGAGUAGUAGUACUUAUAUAGGUCCAAGACAAUCAACAAGAACUUCAACUGUAUUAACCCAUGAUUGCAUCACAUCUGGCACACACAGAUUGUUGCCGGUUGGAAAUGCUGAUGCAACUACAGUUUCAGGUUCAGAUCCCAGUACGGGUGUAGGUGCAAUCCUCAAUACAACUUCAAGCGUUUUUUUACCAACUGCGCCUAUAUUAACUGAGCAACAAAAUUUCGCCAUAAAUAAUAAUGAGCGAGCAUCUAAUGAUCUAAUCGAUGGAAAGUUAGAAGAUGAUGAAGAAAUGGUUGAUAUUGAAACAACUGAGGACGAAGCUCAUGAUAAUAGUUUUAACAACUUUCCUCCCGCGGUAUCUUCACUGAGUCCCAUUCAUUCACGAUCCGAGAGUCCAAACGUAGACGUGGAUGGCUUUACAAGUGAUCCAGAUCGUGAUGAUCAUCUUGACUUUAAGACUCACAUUCGCUCAUUUGACAAUGUCAAAAUGUAUACCCAGGAUAAAAGCGAAUACAAACUUGAUCCAUUAGAUUCACUUGACAACGAAGAUGAUAUUUACCAAGAGUAUACAAAAACAAGUGAGGUAAAAUUCACUUACAGUUUAUUAUUCAGUUACUAAUCAUUCUCACUGUGUUUAGGAUUCAAGUGGAUUAAACGUAUAUUACAAUCGGCUAACUCGAAGAAGAUGUCUGGACAAAAUAAAAGAACGUCACUUAUUAAAA